GUGACGUCACGUGGCUGCCGUCGCUGCCUCCAUGCUGGAUUUGAUGUAACAGGCGUGUGGAUUGAUCAUUGUGCCGGUGUUUGAGAUUCAUUGCUCGGAUAAACGGCGGUCAGACGGAGCUGUCAGCAGACAUGUCGUACUGCAAGCAGGAAGGUAAAGAUCGCAUCAUAUUUGUCACCAAGGAGGAUCAUGAAGCGCCCAGUAAUGCUGAGCUUAUCGAAGAUGAUCCAAAUGAUCCGUAUGAGGAUCACGGUCUUAUUCUCCCUAAUGGUGAUAUAAACUGGAACUCCUGUGUUUGGGGUAUGGCCAGUGGCCCUUGUGGACAGCAGUUCAAAGACGCCUUUUCUUGUUUCCACUAUAGUAAAGAGGAAGUAAAGGUGGAUUGUGUGGAAAACUUCCAUAUGCAGGAGUGUAUGCAGAAGUACCCUGAGCUCUACCCUCAGGAAGAUGACAGUGACAGCGCCCCCUCUGAUGGGGCAGAUACUGCGCCCGCUGACUCUGUCCCUACAGUCUCUCCUGAAUCCACACCGGCAAGCACAGAAAACCCAGCGACUAGCUAAUGUUAUUUUGACUUCGUUCCCUUGAAACCUCACCGCAAAGACAGCUCCACUUUUAAGUAUGAAGAGAUAAUAUCACUGGAUCGAUGCUCUCCGCCUGACCGCAUGAUGCACAGAGAUGCAGGGAGCCCUUAAAUGUCCAGCUUUGUGAUUUAAAUAAUCAAAUGACUUUAACACGCACUUAAGGGACCUAUUAAAAGAA